AUGAUCUUCCAACGGUAUUCAACCAAACACAGCCGAACCAAAAUAUCACACUGCAAAACUACCAGUUCCAUUAGACUCGAAGCUCGAUCAUCCCGCGUUCCACUUUCUAGCGUAGAUAUAACAGCGGAAACUUCAGCGGAUAUAAGCAUACCGAAAAUUCUGGAAGACGAGCAUUUGUGCCUCCAGGAAUCUCUUUUACGUGUGCUACAACGAAACGAAUCGGUUCCACCCUCACUGGUGAAAAAAUUUGAACUGUUAGCAGAUUCCAAUAUGGUAGACGAGCUGCGCGAGGCGCUUGUUGAUAUAAAUAAGCUUAGAUCCUUGUAUUUGAAACUAUUUGGCCAGACCAGAGAGUCACUUUCUCACCUGCAUCACGAUGGUCCACCACCCGUUCCAGAGACCCCACCACCGAUGUCUUUCGAAGAUGAGCUGCUCAACUGUAUGGUUGACUGUAACGGAGAUUUCCUCUCAGAAGAUGAUUCAACAGAGAGGUCAUCUCAAACAUCGGAAAAAGAAUGCGAACCUAAGCCAAACAGCGCAAUCUCACCAAAAGAAAAAUCGACCCGCAAUACAACCGAUCGGAUAAUCUCAAAUAUCACGGAGAAUGCAGUUUCCAACAAAAAAUCUGACCGUGAUGCUGUACGCAGCAGUCAACUCAAGGUGCCCAGAGAAGAGGUGAUUUCCAGCUUACCAAGCCUAUCAACCAACAGUGCAGACUCAGUUUCCCAUAUUUUUGGAGGCUUUUCAUUACGAGUCUUGAAAGUUAUUCUAAAAUUGAUAACUGAGCAACCAGAAUUCCAAGAAGCCAUGCAAAGACGAACCUUUCUGACACCUCCUAUCGUCUAUGCCGACUUCUACUUUAUCGAGAACGUAGACCGGAUUAUUCAGGAAGACUACGUUCCAACUCUUCAGGAUAUACUGGUCAUGCGCGAGCCUUCCAAAGCGGUACGAGAAAUGCUGACAACGGUUGGAUCCACAAACCUUCGAAUCGUUGACCUUGGACUGCAGACCCUCAAUUUGCACAGACAUUUGCAUUACUUCGAAUCUGUCAGUGCGGUUUUAUUCCUGGUCUCGUUACCCGACUGUCUCAAAAGGUCAUAUGACUUAAACAGAAAGGGUGAACUUGAAACGUCCGUUGAAUUAUUUGAGACGCUGAUGUGUUCUCCACAUAUGCUCAAGAAGGAGUUUGUAGUGUUCUUGAACAAAUUGGAUUUGAUCAGGGAAAAGUUCUCUGAUGACGGUCCAAACAAUGAACAGGAAGAAAGCAUGAAGGAACGAUUCCUGGCGCUAAAACGCAAGCAGGAUGCGAAAGGAAGUCACAUCAGUAUCAAUGUGAUUUGUGCCUUGGAUGUGGAUGAAAUGAGAGAAGCGAUUCGAGAAAGUUUACGUGUGAUCUUUGAAUACAAUCGAAAACGUCAUGUACUA